GCUGAACUCACAUCUCCUGUCAAUAUGUCCUACAGCUGCUGCUCUGGAAACUUGUCCUCCUUCUCCCUUGCAGAGCACCUGCGCUACUCAGGCUCCUCCUGUGGCUCUUUCUACCCCAGCAACCUGAUCUACAGCACUGACCUCUGCUCUCCCAGAUCCUGCCAGUUGGGCUCCUCUCUCUACAGUCAGGAGAACUGCUAUGAGCCCACCAGGUGCCAGAUGUACUGUGUGGUGUCCAUUCCCUGCCAGACAUUCUGCUACCAUCCGAGGACCUCCAUGCCCUGCAGUCCUUGCUGGUCAACUCACAUAGGGUCUCUGGGCUAUGGGUCCAGAAGAGGCUACUGCCUAGGCUAUGGAUCUAGAAGCUGCUACUCGCUUGGCUGUGGAUCCCGUGGCUUCAGACUCCUGGGUUAUAGAGUCUGGGGCUUCUCUUCUCUGAGCCAUGGAUCCAGAUUUUGCCACCCAAUGUACUUGGCUUCUAGGAGCUGCCAAAUGUCUUGUUACCAACUAACCUGUAUAUUUGGCUUCUACUAUGCAACUUAUUAA